AGUGGUUAAUAACAAUGUUAAUUAAAAUAUUCAAUCUCUGGGGAGCAUUCUUUUAUGUGUUUUUUUUUAUAUAUUAUUGCCUUUUCCUUAUUGUAUAUACAACUUCUGUUCCUGGCAUGGUGUUGUUACCACUGAAGUAAGUUAUAUCUCGUUUGUGAUCAUUUUUUGCUAUUGCACAUUCAGCAGGUGGAAGAUACAGACGGUUCCACCCACAUAUUUACAUCACCUCUGGGCGUGCUACACUUAUGUAACCAGAAACCUGUUUUCUGUACCUCGUCUGUGCUUGGGACAGUCCAGAUCUGUGUUUGUUUCAUGAAAGGCUGCAGAAAUACGUCUGUGUAGGUGACUGAAGACAACACUGAAUCUCUGCUUACAUCAGGCUAAAAAGAGGAAGAAAGACAGACAGAGGGAUCGGUUCCAAAGAGGGACAGUUGAGAGUUAACUAUAUAGUUGCUAUGGACCUUGUCACUGUUCUUCUGUCCAUCGUGAUCAUCCUGUUCUUGGCCAAAGUCUAUAAUGACCAAAAACAAGACAAAAACUACCCUCCAGGGCCAAAACCUCUACCAAUCAUUGGAAGCCUGCACUUGGUCAAUCCAGUGAGUCCUCAGAAAGAUUUUAUGAAGCUAUCGAAGAAAUAUGGUCCAGUGUUUAGCAUCCAGCUGGGUUUGGAGAAGAUGGUUGUCUUAUGUGGCUAUGACACCAUAAAGGAUGCACUAAUGAACCAUGCUGAAGAAUUUAAUGAAAGACCAGAUGGCCCAAUAUUUGCUAAAACAACAAAUGGAAAUGGCAUUGCCUUUGCCCAUGGAGAGAACUGGAAGGUGAUGAGGAGAUUCACUAUUUCAACACUACGGGAUUUUGGAAUGGGAAAGAAAUCUCUAGAGAACAAAAUUAGAGAGGAAGUGGUAUGUUUAAUCCAGGAAUUCAGAUCCCACAAGGGGGAUCCCUUUGAUAAUCUAACCAUCAUCAACACAGCUGUAGCCAAUGUAAUUGUGUCUAUACUACUAGGAAACAGAUUUGAAUAUGAUGAUCCAAUCAUACUAAAGCUCAUGCACUCAAUUAAUGAAAAUGUCAAAGUCUUUGGAAGUACUAUGGUCAGACUUUACAACAGUUAUCCAACUUUAAUAGGCUUACUCCCUGGCAGCCAUCAAAACAUUUUUAAAAAUUUUCAAUCAACACAAGAUUUCAUAAAGGAGGUAUUUACAAAACAGAAGAAGGAACUGGAUAUAAAUGACCAAAGGAACUUCAUUGAUGCCUUCUUGGCAAAGCAACAAGAGGAGAAGUCAGACUCUACAGUGUAUUUUCACAAUGACAACCUGAGUGUUCUGGUGGAUAAUCUUUUUGUGGCUGGAAUGGAAACAACCACAACCACUCUGCGAUGGGGCCUCCUGCUAAUGAUCCAAUACCCAGAAAUACAACAGAAAGUACAAAAUGAGAUUUACAGAGUGAUCGGAUUGGCUGAACCCCAAACUGAGCACAGGAAGCAGAUGCCGUAUACUGAUGCUGUCAUUCAUGAAAUCCAGAGGUUUGCUGAUAUUGUACCUCUGAAUGUCCCACAUGCAACUUCUAAAGAUGUCAUAUUUAGAGGGUACAACAUUCCAAAGGGAACCACUGUUAUCCCAUUGCUGUCUUCUGUUCUCAAGGAUGAAGCUUAUUUUGAAAAACCAGAUGAGUUUUACCCUGAACAUUUCCUUGACUCAGAAGGAAAUCUGAAGAAGAACGAGGCAUUUAUACCAUUCUCACUAGGUAAGAGAAGCUGUGCUGGAGAGAACCUGGCCAAGAUGGAGAUGUUCCUGUUUUUUACAACACUGCUGCAAAACUUUACCUUCCAGGCCCCUCCUGGUGCUAAGUUGGACCUGACUCCUGCACUGGGGUUCACUAGCGCCCCCUUACCACAUAAGAUUUGUGCUAUACCUCGCAGCUAGAAAGCUUUUUCAGUCUGACAAAUUUUACAUAAUUGUUGUACCAACUGGGAAAAAAAGUCUACUUUAUGUAGGAUAGAAUGAGGACUGUAAAUUGGAUCCUUAUGGACCUGGGUGCCUGAGAUUCUAACUUUGAAGACCAUUGGAUCCAGUUCCUCCCCUGCCUUUUCUUAUCCUCAACACUGCCCUGUUUGUGUGAAAUACCACUUUGUUCUUUUCAAGUAUUUACAUUCAGGACACCCUGAAUUUGCAGUGUUGAACCUAGAAAACAGGGAACAUCUCGGGACAGAUUAAAAGUACUGUGUCAGGCAGCUCAAAAUUGAAAAUCAACUGCACAUUCCCAGUCUCUGAAAACAGACAACUGACGCUUGUAACACAUAUAGCCCCAGCAGGUGGCAGGGAACCAGCAAUAAACAAUAUCUUUCCCUCCCUUGGGCACAACCGGAGAGAUUCAUGCUAAUCAGUCAGGUGCCAAGACAGCUAGACAUCCCAAAGUGGCUAUUUUUACCGAAAUUAUAUGGAUUUAUCAUCGUCUGCACACCAUUUUUUGGAAUAGCGCUCCCUAAGUUGUUUUUUUUUUGUUCCCUCUCACUUGGUUAUCUGAGUUUGGGAGCAGCGGCCUUAGUUUGGUAUUAUCCUUUCAAUAAAGUUUCCCUGGUCAUCGAU